AUUUCUUCUUUCAUCUUUUUUUCUCAGAUAUUCACACAGCUCAUAAACAUCCAAAACCCCAACGGCGUUUUGAUGCAUUAAAAUAUUGAGUUUUCGUUGUUUAUCAUUGAAUGUCGUGCUGCCUAUCUUAUUAGCCCUGAGUUCAGAGGAAUCCCAAGGCUGCUGUCCCAGUUCUCAUACCAUUUUCUUCUUGGAUAUGCUCCCCCAUUGUUAAUCAGUAAUGUAUCUUCUUCUUUACUUAAAUCCCAUCAAGUGAAAGCUUUAAGCUUGGAUGAGGAUUGAAGAGUGAUUCCCUUGUUGUUAAUGGCUGCUUGUGAUUUGGUUGGUGGGAAUGGGAGUAACAGAAGGAGCAACGCGAACGAAGAAAACCCAGUGAGAAGCAGCGCCAUGAGGAAGAGAAUGGGUUCUGAGAUUUCCGAUUAUCACAGGUUUCCUCGCCGGAAUCUUGCUUCCGAUAGCAGCAUGGCUUGUUCUUUCAUGGCUGCUAAUAAUAACCCUAAUCCACUCUUCAACUACUCCACUAUGAAUAUGGAUAAUAAUAAUACAUGUGUUAUUCCUUCUUCGAGUUUCGCCGCCUUGACGUCAGCCGGACCACCUGCUUUUUUAUCUACGACAGCCUCGAGUUUCUCUGGUGUCGACACCGUGUCCUCCACUAGUUCUCAGCCGCCUGCCGUGUGUGGGUUCUCGGGUUUGCCUCUGUUUCCACCAUCGGAUAGGAAUCGAAACGGAAACGCUUCCGUCACCGCCGCUUCCGGUAAUAAUACCGUUCCUGUUUCUUUUACUCCGGUCUCGAAUUCCAUGGAUGACAAUUCAGCCACGGCGUGGAUUGACGGCGUUAUACGGGACCUUAUCCACACCUCGGCUAAUGUUUCCAUUCCUCAGCUCAUCCAUAACGUUCGGGAGAUUAUUUACCCUUGCAACCCGAACCUCGCUGCUCUACUCGAAUACCGGCUCCGUUCUUUAAUGGAUCCACUUGAACGGAGGAGAGAGGCUCCGCCAUUGCAUCUGCCGGAGGUGGCGUUGCCGAGGCACCAUGGUCAGCAACAAGGCUCGUCUGGGCUCACGCUUAACUUGGACUCCGCCAUAGAUAGUCUCCCUAAUUACUCCUUCACAGAUUCCGGUGCCAUGAAUCAAUACAUGAGUUGGGGAAUAACACCACUUCCGAUCUCUUCUAACAAUCAUCAGAUUUGUAGUUUGUCAGCGACGACUACUCCGCCGGUUCCUUCGAUAAACCUGCACCACCGGGCUGAGGAGCAGCCGUUGGUACGAGAAAACGCUUCUCCAGUCGAGAAGACAACGGCCUCGACGACGGCGACGAAGGCAACGGUGACUACUACUAUGACGCCGACGUGCACCGUUCAAACGGUCCAAGCAUGCAGUGGUAGAGACAGGAAAGAGGAGCUACGGCAACAGAAGAGAGACGAAGAAGGGUUGCACCUCCUGAAGUUGUUACUCCAAUGCGCGGAGGCAGUUUCAGCGAAUAACUUAGACGACGCUAAUAGGAUGUUGUUAGAGCUCUCGCAACUGUCGACUCCGUUCGGGACAUCGGCUCAGCGCGUAGCGGCGUAUUUCUCAGAAGCUAUCUCAGCGAGGCUGGUGAGUUCGUGCUUGGGAAUAUGCGGCGGUCUGCCGUCGAUUCCGCCGAGCCAUACUCAAAAGCUGGUCUCGGCUUUUCAGGUGUUCAAUGGGAUAAGUCCAUUCGUUAAGUUCUCGCAUUUUACAGCAAAUCAAGCUAUACAAGAAGCUUUUGAAAAGGAGGAGAGAGUGCACAUCAUAGAUCUUGACGUAAUGCAAGGCUUGCAAUGGCCUGGACUAUUUCACAUUCUUGCUUCAAGACCCGGCGGGCCACCGCACGUUCGCCUCACGGGACUCGGAACCUCCUUAGAGGCCCUGGAAGCCACCGGGAAACGUUUAUCUGAUUUUGCAGACAAACUGGGAAUUCCCUUUGAAUUUUGUCCGGUGGCGGAUAAAGUAGGGAACUUGGAACCAGAGAGGCUUAAAGUAAGCAAGACGGAGGCGGUGGCGGUUCACUGGUUGCAGCACUCUCUUUACGACGUCACCGGCUCCAAUACCAAUAUGCUGUGGCUGUUUCAAAGAUUGGCACCCAAAGUAGUGACCGUAGUAGAACAAGACUUGAGCCACGGCGGGUCAUUCUUGGGAAGAUUUGUGGAGGCCAUACACUACUACUCCGCCCUGUUCGAUUCCUUGGGAGCCAGCUACGGCGAGGAGAGCGAGGAACGGCACGUGGUGGAGCAGCAGCUACUUUCGAAAGAGAUCCGAAACGUUCUGGCACUAGGCGGCCCUAGCGAGGAGGUCAAGUUCCAUAACUGGAGGGAGAAGCUGCAGCAGUCCGGGUUCAAACCCAUCUCUCUCGCUGGCAACGCCGCCACGCAGGCCACGCUGCUCUUGGGAAUGUUCCCCUCCGACGGUUACACCCUGGUCGAGGACAACGGUGCCCUCAAGCUCGGCUGGAAAGACCUUUGCUUGCUUACUGCUUCUGCUUGGAGACCCUUCCAUGCGACUCUACACCGCUAGCUUAUUUUCCUCCUAUAUGUUACCAUCCUCUUAAUUUGCUCUGCCCUUUAGCCAUAUAUAUUUGUAUGUCUUUGACUUAUUGAGGAAACGGUGCUUGUGCUUCAAGGGAUCCCACUCUGUUGUGCCAUUGCCCAUUUACAUUUUGUAUUAU